UCCGCACAGACGGAGGAGCGUCUACUUCUCCAAUAAUCAACCGGGCCAGAGUGUGGCAUCGUCAAGAGUCUGUCCGAGGAAAUUUUCCGUGCAUUUGUCGUCUCCUAUCCAGCUGCAUAUGGCGAAAGAAGGUCCUCACGGCGGUUCGAGCUCAGCAUCAUCGGCUCCGGUGACAGGAAACAACUUUGACGUGUUCCUGAGCUUCAGAGGAAGCGACACCCGAUAUGGAUUCACCGAUGUUCUCUACAACAGCCUCACUGGUGCCGGGGUUCGCACCUUCAGAGACGAAGAAGAGCUUUUCGAGGGAGAGUACAUCAAGAAGCAGCUUCCUGAGGCAAUCAAGCUGUCGAAGAUCGGCAUCCCCAUCCUGUCUAAGGGCUAUGCCUCGAGUAAAUGGUGCCUCCGAGAGCUGGCUCAUAUGAUCGAGUGGCUCAAAGAUGGAAUGAUCAUCAUGCCGGUCUUCUUCCACAUCUCGGCAUGGGAUGUGAAAAUGAAGGAUGAGGAGGGAAUCUACGCCGCUGACAUAAAGGCACACGAGAAGAAAGGAGUUGACCAGGAUACGAUCCAGAAAUGGGUGGAUGCCCUCAAAGAAGUGACAUCUUUGAAAGGGCGGCAACUGAACGAUGAUAAUGGGCAAGGAGAAUUCGCAACAAUGAUGGUCUCAAAAGUUAUGAAGAAAUUGAGAAAGGCUAAGCUCAAUCUGUCUGACAAAUUAGUCGGGAUUGAAGACCACUUGACUAAGCUGAGAAGAAUGUUGGAUACUGACUCUAGUGACGUGCGGAUGAUUGUCAUCUCCGGCAUUCCGGGCAUUGGCAAGACAACCCUCGCAAAGUCUCUCUACAAUGAUAUCUGCCACCUCUUUGAUCGUUGCAGUUUUCUUGGCGAUAUUCAAGAAACUUCUGCAAAAAAGGGUCUUGUAGCUUUGCAAAAUCAGUUGGUUUCUGACAUCAUCCGAAGGGACUUGGCAAACUUCUACUCGGUGGAGGAAGGAGUUAGCUUCCUCAAAGAUAGAUUCAGUACACUGAAAGUCCUCAUCCUUCUGGAUGACUUGCAUGAGAAGACGCAGCUUGAAGCAUUGGUUGGAAGUCUCAAUUGGUUCGGUUCAGGGAGUAGGAUCAUUAUCACAACCAAAUAUAAAUUAGUUCUCAGUGGGCGUGAAGUAACAGAAACUUAUGAUGUCACAGAGAUGAAUCAUGGCGACGCUCUAAAACUUUUCUGUAGACACACCUUUGCAAAGGAUUGUCCAGAACAUGACUAUGAUGAUCUCUCUGAAAGAAUUGUGUCCGCUACUGGAAGACUUCCAUUAGCUCUUGAGCUCGCAGGUUCACACUUGUCUCUGUUUCGGGAUAAAAAAGAAGUAUGGGAAGCUCUGCUGGAAAAGUUAGAAAAACUACCUGACGAUGAUGUCCAGAAGAAGUUGAAGAUUCAUUAUGAACUAUUAAGCAGUUCCCAACGGCAUAUUUUGCUCGACAUAGCUUGUUUUCUUGUAGGAGAGGAUAAAAGAAUAGCAUCUUACAUGUGGAAGGAACUUGACUUGUUCCCUUCUCUAGAACUGGAGAAGCUCUGUCUCAUGUCCAUGGUAAAGAUUGGAGAUGACAAUAGGAUGUGGAUGCAUGAUCAGCUGAGGAAGCUGGGCAGGCAAAUUGUUCAAGACAAUCGCACGAAACAUGGGAACAACAGUAGACUAUGGGCCACUGAAGCUCGGAAGAUUUUUAAACAAGAUGAGAGCCAAACGAAGGUUGAAGCUCUGUGUCUUGACAUGGAUAAUACUGAACAAAAACACAUGGAUGAUCGAUCACAGACCUGUUUGACUGCUGACAAAUUUAAAAGAGUACCAAAUCUCCGUCUCCUCAUUUUGGAUCACUUUGAUAUUAAGGAGGAGGAUUUUAGGAAUCUUCUUUCGAAGUUACUUUGGCUCCGUUGGCACGGUUGUCCGAGAGCUUUUAAUGUAAAAAAUUUGAAUUUGGAGGACUUGGUCAUUCUCGAUUUAUCGUGGAGCAAGGUAACUGAAGGUUGGGAGGGUUGGAAAAGUAUAAAGUUGUCAAGGAAUUUGAAAGUCUUAAUUCUCAGAGGCUGCGUUGACUUAAUACAAACUCCAAACUUCUCUAAUUUCAAGGCUUUGGAGAUGCUGAUUUUAGAAUAUUGCUCUCAUUUGGUUCGAAUUGACCCAUCGAUUGGUCAGUUGCAACGUUUGCAAAUUUUAGAUUUGAAAUUCUGCACUGACCUCAGUAACUUGCCCAGAGAACUUGAUUCUCUGGAAGCUUUGAGAGAGCUCCGACUUGAUGGAACUUGUAUAGAAGAUAUUCCGGUCUCCGAAGAUAUGAAGCAUCUGAAAACUCUCAGUGCCUGCAACUGUAAAUCAUUGGCACAAGUAUCUAGUGAAAUUGGUGAUAUAAAAUCUCUAGAAUUUCUUUCGAUGGAUGGCUCUGAACUUACCACGCUCCCAGAUUCGAUUGGAAGGCUAGAAAAGUUGAAACAACUGUCUUUGAGGGAUUGUCGGUUGAUGUGGAAACUUCCAGACGCCAUUGAAAAAUUGACAUCAUUAGAGAAUCUGGAUCUCUCGAGUACAGGAAUAGAUAAAUUACCACGUGCCAUUGGUAAUAUGCAAAAUUUGAAGACGCUGAAAAUGGACGGAAGUUUCAUUAGAAAGUUCCCUCAAUCUAUUGGAACACUGAAGAAGCUUGAGGAGAUUCAUGCGUCACGCUGUAGGAGUUUGGCAAAAAUUCCUGAGGAGAUCAAAGGCUUGUCUCGUUUGAGAAUUUUGGUGUUGUCACAUACCAAUAUUCGCAGCCUACCAGAGAGCAUCUCUAGUCUUUCCCAUCUCCAAAACCUUGAUUUAUAUGGCUGCGACAAUCUUCAUAAGGUUCCUCUGCUUCCCUCUAGUUUAGCCGCUUUGCGUCUCACUUAUGACUCAAGUAAAUUGAAGUCUUUGGAUAUUUCGAAUCUGACCAAUCUCAAAGAGUUGCACCUUGCCAAUUAUUUGGAGGAGGCAUCUCACCGCACAGACGGAAAUUUGAUGGUGGAGCCGCUCAGCCUUUCUGGGAUUGGCGAAGUGACAAAAGUUGAGACCUUGAAAUUGUGCCUCUCGGGCUUCACUACACUACCGGAAAUGGGUGCUCUUUCACAGCUAAGGAAGCUUGAUCUUCAAUGUCCAGACCUGCAACAUCUCCCACAACUACCCAAAAGUUUGAAAAAACUGACCCUCCAUGACUGCAAAUCCUUAAAGACAUUGCCGGAGCUUAUGUAUCUCAAGUCUUUAUCUGGAUUGGAGCUUCUCUCAUGUUCAGUAAUGGAAAUCCAAGGACUUGGAAAUCUCUCAUCCUUGGUAGCCUUGCUUAUUUCUCACUGCGAGCUGGUUAGGCUAGACGGCCUCGAAUGCUUGACAUCCUUGAGAACAUUGACCAUCUCAUACUGUAAUUCCCUUCGAGGACUGCCAGAUUUAUCGAACUUGAAGCAGCUGAGAACACGUAAUAUCCAACAUUGCAAGAACAUACCUCAAAAGGACAGCCUCUAGUAUUCGAACUCCUUAGAAAGGCCAGAUACUUGCGAAGUUCGUGGUAGGCCAUUGAUCUAAAUCAGGACUCGAAAGAGAUCCAUUUUAUGCUUCCUCGAGCAAGUCUGAAGUUUCUGAGGCUGAGGUGCAUUCUAAAUUCCGUGCAUUUUUACAAUUUAAUGAUGAUCCAUGAGUUCCACUUCCGUUGUUCGGACUUCCUUGUAACUGGAAUGCUUUCUUCUCCAAUGUUUCUUUUUUUCUUUUUCCUUCUUUAGAGAAUGCAAUAUCUUUCCUUCAUGUAGUAAUUCUCAACAAGGCCCAGCAAUUGCUUGGUUCACUUUUCUUGCCAUGAAGAGAAUAUGUACUGUUUCUGAUGACUUAGAAUGCAAUGCAUACUACUUAAACAGUUCAACUUCAUUGUCCCGUUUCACAAAUAUUCAAAUAAGUGCAUGAAUCAGCAUUUCUGAACUUCCAAAUCAUUCUGGUCAUUGGCGUUCUUAAUUUCUUCCAUCUAGCUGACUGAUUAUCGUUGAUAAGAUAAUAUGCUCAUAUAUUCAAUAUACAUGGAGUAUUCGCUAGCGGGAGUAUUGAAAUGGAAGAAAUAACUGGAUGGGCAGUGCUCUCUGUUCAAUUUUUCUGCCCAGUGAUGAUGGAUAGAAUAGUCAUCUGCGAAUGCGAUGCAGAAAGUCCAAAUAUAUGCUCGUACACCCCAUAUAUAGACAUUACUGGAAAUAAAAAGUCACCAUGGCAUGCACUUUUUAUGUGAGUUAUUUAUGCGAUUAAUGAGAGGCACCCGAUAACCCUGAUGAUCUAUAUGAUUAUAGGAUGGAAAAUUUCAAAAACAAUGAUGAGGUGAUGUUACUGAACAUCAUCUGGCGUUAGUUUGUCUUUUCUUUUUCUCUUGAAAAAUUUUGUAUGCAAAGUAUUUCAUCUACUCAGAUGAAUAUCGUUUGACUAGCUUGAGUGUUUUUCGGGUACUUUGAAAUAUCACUGCAACCUAAUGUCUCGGGCUAAACGGCCGACUUAGACUGAGCAGCAGGUAAAAAUGCCGCAUCAUGAAUUACCCUGGAUUAUGAUAGCAGAUUCCACGAUGGUCCUGCCUUCCAGAAUCAAAUAAAAUGCAUCUCUUUGUUGCCAGGCCAGAUCAAACAGAAGAUUCAGAAGCUGUGAAGGGACUUGCAUACAUCACAGUACCCGGUUACUACAGUUUCCUUCUUGGCCUCGAGUUCCCGGUACUGAAGACCGCCCUGCGAAAUCUUAUUUUGACAUUGAUAGUGGUUUGAGGAGCGAGGCUCAGCUUCACUCAAAGUACAUCUCUGUCACAUAGUUGAUCUUUACUUGGGCCUCUGCAUGAUUCAAGCAUCUGCGUUUGAUAUUCACGUCUGUCUUGUUUCAUUGGAUGAUCCAAGCCUAAGAAUGUAGCAUCUCUGGAUUUUUAUUUUUCGUUUUUGGAUACAACCUGAAAUAUUUGGAUUUAAAAAAAUGAAAAAGAAAGCACAGCAAAAGGGUUGAAAAGUCAAUAAAGAAACUAGAGUGGACCUCAGUUUAUAAAAGGGGACCGAGAGCUUGCGGGAGAGAGGAAAAGAAGGAAAGGAAAGAAAGAGGAAAGAAGAGAAAGAAAGGGAAGGAGAAAGAAGAGGGGUUUCGUACGUAGUUGCCAUGGACGCA